AUGAAACUUGGCGCAACAGCGGAAAGAGCGGGAUUGGGCAUUAUCGCCGGGUUGUGUGUCUAUCAAAUCUACUUCCACCGUCUCCAUCAACACCCUGGACCCUUGCUGGCCAAGCUUACGAACUGGUAUGCCGCAUACUACACCCCGACGGCAAUGGUCCAAAUCUAUUCCGCUCGAGCCAACGUCCGCAAGGACGAUGCAUAUCCUGUGAUGAGCGCCAGCAGCCACAUCCCCAGCACAAUCAGCUGCCUGGAUAAAGGCCAACAUGCAGCCAAGCGCCGUAUCCUUGCGCAGCUGUUUACCCCCUCGGCGUUGAAGGGCGUCGAGGAGCGCGUUUUGUCGCACAUUCGCACCUUCUGCGCCUCGCUCGGGGAGUCCAGCCAGGAAGGACGAGCGACGGACAUGGCAGUACUGUCGGACUAUCUCACCUUCGAUAUCAUCAGCGACCUCUGUUAUGGUCAGGCCUUUGGCCUCCUCCAAUCCACAGCCCUGCGAUAUAUCCCAAAUGUGAUCAGCUGCAUCAGUCGUCGGAACGCGAUCUGCUUCAUCCAGCCCGCGAUCCAAAAAUACCGACUCGACCGCCUAUUCUUCGCCCCCAUCUCGACGCAGAUCCAUGCAUUCGGCCGCUGGAUCCAGCAACAACAAAAACAGCACCCCAAAAAAAUAACCCCCGACUUCCGCAGCCACCUCACCACAUCCACCAUUACCCACCCCGGCCCUAACCCCCGGCCCCUGACCAACAAAGAGGUCUGGAUCGAGCUCCUGCAGCUCGUCAUCGCCGGCUCCGACACGACGACCGUGGCCCUCAGCGCGGCCGUCUUCCACUUCUGCCACCACGCGGCCGCCCUGGCGCGCGCCACCGCCGAAGUACGCACCCAAUUUUCCACUACUGUCGAGGCCAUCCGCCCCGGCAGCCCCCAGCUCCGCCGCUGUACCUACCUGCACGCCUGCAUUCACGAGUCCCUCCACCUGGCCCCGCCGGUGACGGGCCUGGCGCCGCGGCGGGUUCUUGAGGGUGGUAUCCAGGUCGACGGGGUGUGGCUCCCUGCUGGCAUUGUGCUCGGCUGCCCCAUUUACGCGGUGCAGCGCGAUCGGACCUGUUUCCUUACGCCGGAUUGGCAUCUCCCUGAGAGGCAACAACAGCGGCAGAAACGGUCUCGGAUGCUGUCGGCCUUCUGUCCGUUUAGUGUCGGGCACCGGGCGUGUGUGGCGCGGCGGUUUGCCAUGGACGAGAUUACGGUGACUCUGGCAAGGGUUCUGUUUCUGUAUGAUUUGCGGUUGGCGGGGAGAGAGGAUGCGGAUGCUGGUACUGGUGCUGCAGCUGCGGCGGAAUACGCGCUGAAAGGGUGGAUGACUUCCGGGCGGGAGGGACCCGUUGUAUAUGCUUCGCCGAGAGAAGGCUGUUCGCUGUAG